GCCAGCAGAAGAAACAGGAAGUGAACGCCAACUGCCCGAGCGGGUGGCGGCCAUGUUUGCAUGAAUGAACCAAUCGCGUCAUUGAAGAAGGUGAUCACAAGCACAGCAGCUCACGGAGAUGAACCAACAUGGCAGACGACGAGGAGUCCGUUCGAGUCGAGGAGCGAGUAAAAAUUAAAAUCGGGGAGGCUAAAAAUCUUCCUCGUCGCUCCCAUGGCUCAGAUGCAAACAUUUUCUGCACGGUAUCGCUGGACCAGGAGGAGAUCUACCGCACUUCCAUUAUAUCCGAUUUAAGCCCAUACAUUGGUGAGGAGUAUGAAUUUGAGGUUCCAAGACUGUUCCGCUUCCUGUCUGUGUACGUCAGAGACAAUGUUGGACCUGGAACCUCCAGGGUGAUCGGGAAGGUCGCCCUCAGGAGACAGCAUCUUUCCAAUAUUCACGACAUGGACCACUGGUUUCCUCUGAGACCUGUGGAUGCCGACUCUGAAGUGCAGGGCAAAGUCCAUCUCGAAUUCAAAGUUGAGACAAUAGUACCAAACAACUCUUCGUCCGAACCAAAGCACCGUCUUAGCGUCAGGUUAAUCGAAUGCGCGGAGCUAAGUGUAAAAAAUGGUGCGUGUGAUCCGUACGCUGUAGUUUCGCUUCUGUAUUCAAACGGUCGAGUUUCUUCAAAAAAGUCGAGGAUAAAAAAGAAAACCACGAGUCCUGUAUUCGAUGAAUGCUUUUUCUUUGAUCUUCCUGACUUUGACAGAGAGGACCUGCGCGCCUCUGUGCGGUCCAAGGCGUCAACCUCAACGUCCCAGUUGUACCAGCUGCGGGACAGUCCUGAAGCAGUUGAGUUGCAGGUCGCCAUUCGGCACGACACGGCUGGCACCACUGAGGCUGCCUUCCUCGGCGAGGUCAAAAUCAACCUGCAAGGCCUGUUGUCGAUGGACCAGAAGCCGAUAUGGUACCUUCUGAACCCAAGGGAAGGAGCACGCUCGCCGACUGCCGCCUCACAAAACAUUGACCUUGGUUCCAUCCGCCUCCGCAUUCACUACACAGCCGACCAUGUCUUACCCUCGGCCGCUUACUCCUCACUCAGAGAUUUGCUGUUGGCCAGCGUAACCGCACAACCUGUCUCAAGUAGUGCUGUAUUUUUGCUUGGAGAAAUAGUUGGUGCCAAACUAGACGCAGCUCAACCCCUUGUGAGAUUUUUCAUGCACCACGAGAAGCUGGUGCCACUCAUCAAAGUGCUGGCAACGCACGAAACCGCAAGAGUGAUUGACCCUAACACGAUAUUCCGAGGGAAUUCCUUGGCCACUAAGUUGGUUGAUGAACUGAUGAAGGUGUCGGGGCCACACUACCUGCGCAGCACUUUGAAACCUGUCAUUGAUGCCGUCCUAUCCGAAAAGAAACCAUGUGAGGUUGAUCCUGUGCGCCUGAAAAACCCUGCGGAAGCUGCGGCUAAUUUGGAAAACCUGUUGGGUUAUGUGAGGCAAGUGUUCAAAGCCAUCACUAGUUCGGCGCUGCAGUGCCCAGCUCUGAUGUGCGAAGCAUUCCAUCAGCUGCAGCAAGUCGCGUGCUCUUUCUUCAAAGGCAACAAUGAAGUGCGCUACUCAGUAAUAUCAGGCUUCAUCUUCCUGCGGUUCUUUGCACCAGCCAUUCUUGGACCUAGACUCUUUGAUCUCACAACGGAAACAAUCGAUGCUCAAACCCACCGAACUCUGACGCUGAUUUCUAAAACCGUGCAGAGCUUGGGUAACCUGGUCAGCUGCAAGGAGCGUCAGACAGUGAAAGAGGACUACAUGCAGCCAGUGCAUUCGCUCUGCUACACUGAAGACCACAUCAAGGCGGUGCGACAGUUUCUAGAAAUAAUUUCUGCCUCAUCCAACCCUGACAAGCAUGUCAUGGCUGAGCCAGUAAUGUUGAAGGAAGGAAUGCUCAUCAAACGUGCUCAAGGGAGGAAGAAAUUUGGAAGGAAGAACUUCAAAAAAAGAUUUUUCAAACUCACAACUCAGGACCUGAGUUACUCAGAAAAGAAAGGAGAGCCACCCUUGUUCUGCAUUCCCUUAUCGGAUAUUUUGGCGGUGGAACGCCUUCAAGAGGACUCCUUCAAGAAGAAAAACAUGUUCCAAAUCGUGCAACCAAACGGUCGAGCCCUUUACGUCCAGGCUUCCAACUGCGUGGCUGAGAAGGAAUGGGUUGAUCUGCUUACCAAGAUCUGCCAAACAAAUAAACAGAGGCUGAAGCACUACCAUCCCGCUGCAUACUUAAACAGCAACUGGCUCUGUUGCAGGCAAACAAGAGAGGACGCUGAGGGUUGUCGAGAUGUGACCAGCGGACUUCAAGGAGCUGGUCUGCAGCUCAGUUUGGAUCCAGACCGGGAGCUUGAGCGAAUCCAUUCGCUAUUUGCUGCCCACAUGAACAAAUUGGAGGCAUUGAAAGCUGCGUGCGAACACCAAUCAUAUGCCGGGGAGAACCCAGAGAGUACAACGAACAAUAUAUCUGCCAAUACUUCACUGCCGCCUCUGUUCGAGGACGCGAGGUCGUGCUUCAACACGCUACGCGCCCUUAAAGAAAUCACCCUGAAAUUGGUGCAGAGGCACAGAAGCCAUCUCAACUCAGCGCAGUCGCGCACACAACUCGGAACAAUACACGCUCCUAUUGGCGACGACAACUACCUGCUUCUAACGACGAGAGCCAGCCUACUGCCCGACAGACAAAUUUAAUUUACAGCCGCGCUUGCAUUUUUCUUUAUCUUUUUUUGCGAACACAUCAAUUCUUCUUUUGACUGUACAUGUUUGCAAAGUUUUAAAUGUUUACUACUUAACGUCGCAAGAGAUUGGGUACCAAUUGAAUUAUAUCUUUAGUUUUUCCUAUCUUUUCUUUGACACCAUUGUUAAUUUUUGGAUGUCGAAUUUGUUUGUGUACCACUUGUUCCUGUGAAUGCUAAGGAACUCACGCAACUCAUACUACUUAAAAGCAACUGCAACUCCUAUUACUUGCAAUUAAUAUUAAAUAACAUCUGUUCACACUGCGCAGAUUACAUGCAGAUGAUUUAAAUACUUACCUUUAAAUAAUUUAUUGUAUGUACAUGUCAUGAAAGUGAUUUUAACUUCUUUAAUAUAAACUACUUGGAUGCAUUUCACUUUUUCGCCGAUAAAUGAUGUAAAUAGAGCCACGCAGUGCAAUCGAUUGCUAUUCCUCACGAGCAACUGCGACGGUUUCGCACACCAUUAGGAUUUUAAGAGAAACGCAUAUAUAAUUGAACAUUUCUGUGAUGAAAAUUUAAACACUACGAACAAUGAUUUUGACGAAAGUCAGUAUUACUCACCCUUGCAGAUUUGCGAAUAUUUGUGCAAGAUUGAUGAAUUGUUUUUUAACUGACUUUGGCUCUUAAAUAAUUUUGAUACGUCGUUUUACAAAACAUCACACAGCUUGUGUGUAGCUAUAACAUAUAAUUUAUUUAACUUUUCAUUUUAACGCGUCACUUGCUUUUCUUUGAACUUUCGGACAUGUUGAGAUAGUAGAAGAGACUUUGCGCAGUAGCUGACAAAAGUGCCUUAUCUUUGUGAAAAGCUGUAGCUCAAAACUGAUUAAUCAUUAUUGAAAUCACUAUUGUCAAAUUCCUGGAAUUUUUUCUUCCAAAUUUUAAUAAAACUAACAGAUUUUAUAUGUAAUGUA